AUGUCGCGCUCAAAUGAUCCCGGGCACUACUUCCAAACAACUGAAGCUCUCGCGACUACAGAACGAAAGGCAGCAAAGUCCAAGAACAAGCACGGCGACCCAAUCAAGCUCUCGUCAAAAGUUCUCGCAGUCAUUGCAGACCCAUGGGACGAAAAUGCCGUCUACCUCGCAGAAGCAGUCGGAGAGAUCAAAAGAGUAGACUUGGAAACACGUAAAGUCCAAAAGAUCUUCGAUCAAUGUGCAGCGCCUCUCACCUGCUUGAGCAUAUGUCUACAAACCAAGACGCUUUUCACGGGCUGCUGGGAUAAAUUCACCUAUGCCAUCCCCCUCGACAAUCCGACCAACAUUCGAAAACUUGCAGGCCACACCGAUUUCCUCAAGACAGUCCUUGCAACCACCAUCAACAAAACUCCCAUUCUCAUCUCCGGCUCGGCAGAUUCUACCAUCAUCAUUUGGGAUAUUUCCACCAACAAAAUCCUCCACAAACUCAAAGGCCACACCAAAGCCAUCACAAACCUCGCCAUCGACCCCUUAGUCUCCUCCUCCUCCCCCUCCCUCCCAGAUGAAGAAGACCAAGGAGAAGGAGAAGAAGCAGAAGAAGAGAUCACCCUCUUCUCGUCCUCCUCAUCCCCCAUCCUCCGCACCUGGACCAUCAACCUCUCCACCCACACCGCCUCAGAAACCCCCACCUCCCUCUCACAACCCCUCAGACCGCACGAAACAAGCAUCUACCGCCUCCACUUUGACACCUCGGGAGAUCUCUGGACCUGCUCCGCCGACAAAACAUGCCACCACCUCAUUCGCUCCCGCAACUGGGAAUCCGACACGACUCUCCCACACCCAGACUUUGUGCGGGAUAUUGCCGUAUUCGACACGUUGGGGCUGGUCGUCACGGCGUGCCGAGACGAAGAGGUGCGAGUGUGGGAUGCGAGUCGCGGGGAAGUGGUAUGUGUGUACGGAGGACAUUUUGAGGAGGUGACGGGGCUGGUGGCGUGUGAGAGGCAGCGGAAGGUGGUGAGUGUGAGUAUUGAUGGGACGUUGCGACAGUGGAGUUUGGACAGGAAGGAUAUGCUUGCGUGGGAGGAGGAGAGGGCUCGAGAGACGUUGACUGGGGUGGCGGCGGAGACGGAGGAGGAGAAAGCUGCGGGGAGAGGUAAUAUGCUUACAGCGGAGGAAGAGGCAGAACUUGCCGAGCUGAUGGAUGAUGAUGAUGAUGAUGAAUGA